AUGAUUAUAUUAUUCCUAUUUUUUAUUGUUGCUUAAACAACUCUUAUUUAGCAAUAAUACUCUAUUCAAAAUUAAGAUCAAGCUGUUAUUCAUUUAUCAAUCAUUAAAUAAUUCACAACUAAUUAUCAAUUUGGUGACUUAAAAUUUAAUCUUAGUAUUUAGGCUAAUCAUUAAUACACUCUACUUUACAUUCCAGAUUCAUCCUCUAUUGAAUAUUAUUGUGUUGUGAUUUAAAAAUAAAAUUACUAAGAUUGCUUUAAAGAAAACAUUUUCAUAGAAGAUGAUGAAUAUCAAUGUUAAUAAACUGUAACUUUCCAUUUCAAACAUAAUAUUGAUGGCAAUUAAUCCAAAUUACCAUUUCUUAUUUGUGAUGGACUAUAAAAUUUAUCUAUUUUCAAUUUAUUCUAUACAGUCAAAAUACCUAUACCACAAACUCUCAUUACUCCAGCUUUUAUUGUAUUAAAUAGAUAUGUUAAUUCUAAAGAAGGACUUUAAGUUAUGUUCUAAAUGAAUUUGUAGGUACUCUAAUUAGAGUUAUGA